UCGUGUAAAGGAGCAUGUGAACAUAUUAAAAGCCGAAAACUCAGCAAACAAUUAAAUAACAAGUAUAUAAAUAGUGGUGAUAUCCAGUCUGGCCAGGUUUUACUUGUAGGCUGGCUGCGUAAUUGCAGUAACAGCCAAGACGCAGUAAAUGUCGCGUUACUUUUCACCAACACCAUAUUGUUCGACCGGCUCAGCCUUGUGACGUCAGCCGGGAAAACGCCUGCGUUGACCUCCCCUUGUCUGGCCUUUGAACGUAACAGUCAGAGUGAACGGCUAUCUUACAUGGAUUUAUUCCUCUUCAAGUGGUGGAGCCCUUCCCCCCCACACACACCCGGGGCCCUUCCCCCACCACCCUGGCAAUGCUGUGUAUUUAAAGGAGGGGGAAGGAGAGAAGGAACCAUUCAGUAUUCGACCUCAGCACCUGGCUACUGAUGUGUUCAUAGCGCUCACACAAUCUUUGGACUUACCUGUUUAUCUUGCCUACACCUUCAUCACCUACCAACCAUGCCUGAAAGAAGAGAAUCGGAGAGUCAGAAUGAUAAAGGCACUGACCUCUCUGAAGAGGCUAUGUCGAAGACAGACUCUCAGACGGAGCUGAGCAAACGAUUAGCCAAUAAGAUUACGUCACACCAGCCUAGCAUCCGGGUAAUCUACGGUGACCUGUCACAACUUCCAAAUAAGGUCCGCCACUUUGUGGAAGAACACGUUAAGCUGUGCAAGCCCGACACCAUCCACAUCUGUGAUGGCUCGGAGCGAGAGAACGACCUGCUGCUCUACGUGCUGCAGCGGGACGGCAUGAUCAAGCGCGUGCCCAAGUUCGAGAACUGCUGGUUGUCAAGAACAGAUCCCGCUGACGUGGCGCGAGUGGAGCGACUGACCUACAUCGCCACGGAGAUACAGCGAGAUACAGUUCCCACCCCCAAACAUGGCGCCAAGUGCCAGCUGGGCAACUGGAUGUGCACCGAAGACAUGGACCACGAGCUCAACAUGAGGUUCCCCAACUGUAUGAAAGGUCGCACCAUGUUCGUGAUCCCAUUCAGCAUGGGUCCUGUGGGGUCGCCAUUGUCAAAGAUCGGUGUCCAGCUGACAGACUCGGCAUAUGUCGUGGUCAGCAUGCGUAUAAUGACCCGGAUAGGAGAUAAAGUGCUGGAGGCCUUGGGCGACAACGCCUUCGUCAAAUGCGUUCAUUCUGUGGGCCGGCCUUUGCCCACGACAGCUACUCUUCAGAACAACUGGCCAUGUGACCCCAAGAUGAUUAUGGUGGCCCACCUGCCCGAACGCAAUGAAAUCUGUUCUUACGGAAGUGGCUACGGCGGCAACUCACUGCUGGGCAAAAAGUGUCUGGCUCUUCGACUGGGCUCCAUCCUGGGCCACAGGGAAGGCUGGCUGGCAGAACACAUGCUGAUCCUCGGCGUGGAGAACACACUAACCGGCGAGAAGCGUUACAUAGCUGCGGCCUUCCCCAGCGCGUGCGGCAAAACCAACAUGGCGAUGAUGAAGCCCACCUUGCCCCACAUCAAGGUCACGUGUGUGGGAGAUGACAUCGCGUGGAUGAGGUUCGACUCAGAAGGACGUCUCAGGGCCAUUAACCCUGAAAAUGGCUUCUUCGGUGUUGCACCUGGCACAUCGAGCAAAACGAAUUUCUUCGCCAUGCAGAUGAUUCAGCACAACACCAUCUUCACCAACGUUGCUCAGACCAGUGAUGGUGGGGUCUUCUGGGAAGGUCUGGAGGAUGAAAUAGAACCAGGUGUUAAAAUUACCUCUUGGCUGGGAGACGAUGAUUGGAACAAAGACUCCAGACAAAGGAAAGCUGCUCACCCUAAUUCCAGGUUCUGCACGCCGGCUACUCAGUGCCCUAUCUUGGACCCUGCCUGGGAAGACCGAGGUGUUCCGAUUGAUGCCAUCAUUUUUGGAGGUCGAAGGCCAACCGGCGUACCCUUGGUGUACGAAGCUUUUAACUGGCAGCACGGAGUUUUCGUCGGCGCCUCGAUGAGAUCAGAGGCCACUGCCGCAGCAGAACACAAAGCAUCUUUGCUGAUGCGACCCUUCGCCAUGCGCCCUUUCUUCGGCUACAACUUCGGCGAAUACCUGCACCAUUGGCUCUCCUUCGGCAAGGACGCCAAGAAUAAACUCCCCAAGAUCUUCCACGUGAACUGGUUCCGUAAGGACAAGAACGGAAAGUUCUUGUGGCCAGGAUUCGGCGAAAACUGUCGCGUGCUGGACUGGGUGAUGAAGCGCAUCAACAACGAGGACGUGGCGCAAUCCACUCCCAUUGGCCUGGUGCCCAAGCCUGAAGCUCUGAACUUGGAGAAUCUGGAGAAUGAGAACAUCGACAUGGAAGCUCUCUUCAAUGUGCCCUUGGACUUCUGGGAAAACGAAGUCAACGCCAUCUACAAGUACUUUGAUGAACAGGUUAACGAGGACCUUCCCAAGGCCAUCAUGCAAGAGCUCAAGGCUCUGGAGGCCCGAGUCGUCAGCUACUAGAGGGAUGCCGUCACGGACAUCUUCACUGAACCUGAUCACAGCCUUCAGCCCACGUGAACCAAGAACUUUGAACUCUAAACCUUCAGUCCAUCCCAGUGGGAAACGCGAAACCCGGUGAAAAGUGGUUCCACCUCGUAGUCUGAAGGACACAUUCCAAUCACAAUUUUUAAUCCAGUAUACUAUGCCUGGCGUUUAUACUCGUUUCUGAAGAAAAAUUUCAUGCGACCUUUUAACAUAAUUUUCUGCACUUAAUAAACUGAGGGUGAGAAGUUGGGGAGCAGGGUGCUGGGUGGUUGAUGGCGAACCGUUCCUCGUGCCCUAUUUCUGUCGCUUAAAAAUGAUUGGACAAAUGUGAUCAGGUGAUCACAAGAAAAGACACUUUUUUGCAGACCGUGAUUAAAUCAUAGCCUGCAGUACUUGCGUAUUGCUGUACAAACUAAAAGUAUGAAAGACUGUGCAAGAGGAUAAAUGUGAGGAAAUGUUUUUGUGUGCAUAACCGGAGAGAGAGAAACUCUUAAAACAACGGUCUUUUUUAUGAUUCGUACUAUUGUGUACACUGGUUCAUUUUAGAGCCAUCUUUAAUUACAUGCUUUACAAAAGAAAAACUAUUGACGCGUGACAAAAGA